GAUAACAGACCUGAGCCGGUGCCCUGCAGGUACGAGGCAGAGCUGGCCAUCCGCACAUCAGUGGAGAGCGACAUUGCGGGGCUGCGCAAGGUGCUGGAUGACACCAACAUGGCACGGCUGCAGCUGGAGGGGGAGAUCGAGGCACUGCGUGAGGAGCUCAUCUUCAUGAAGAAGAACCACGAGGAGGAGGUGAACGCACUGCAGGCCCAGGCGGCCUCCGCGGGGCUGACGGUGGAGGUGGACGCACCGCAGGCGCAGGACCUGGGCCAGGCACUGGCAGAGCUGAGGGCGCAAUACGACGUGUUGGCCAAGAAGAACCUGGAGGAGCUGGAGAAGCAGUGGGGGCAGCAGAUCACGGAGACCACGCUGGAGGUGACACAGAGCACAAAGGAGGUGGACACAGCACGGAGCCGAUUGCUGGAGCUGCGCCGCUCAGUGCAGAGUCUGGAGAUCGACCUGGAUGCCCUGCGCAGCCAGAACGCGGGGCUGGAGGGCAGCCUGGCAGAGACGGAGGCGCGAUACGGGGCACAGCUGGAGCAGCUGCAGGGCCUGAUCCUGCGCGGGGAGGAGGAGCUGGCGCAGGCACGGGCAGAACUGCAGCGUCAGAACCGGGAGCACUGCGCCCUGCAGGACGCCAAGAGCAAGCUGGAAGCUGAGAUUGCCACGUACCGUGCGCUGCUCGAGGGAGGAGAGGGGUUCAGUCUGCAGGAUGCUCUGGGGACGGAGGGGACGGUCACUACGCAGCGCAGCACCCAGAGGACGGUGGAUGGCAAAGUGGUGUCCGAGAGCAAAGAGGUCAAAGUGCGGAGCUACUGAGGGGGGGACGGCGAGGUGCCACCCCCUGCCCCACAAAUAAAGGAGCAAAGUGACAAA